CUCUCUCUCUCUCUCCCCGGGUACCGUCGUCAGAAAAGGGAGAACCGGCGAAUUUUUCGCCGAUUUUCGGAGCACGAUCGUUCGACUGCAAAUCGGAGCGAAGAACCGACGCGGAGCGCGGUUUCGGUCCGAAGAGAGUGCACGGAACGUAUUCCUUUCUUUUCCUCGCCUCGGUGGAAUGCCCCUCCUCGAACGCCCGCCCUGUCAGGACGUCAGCUGGAACUUGCGUGGAACGUCCUGGUUGCGCGAUGUGCCGCCGCUGCAGCUUCUAGUCCGUCGCCGCGCUCCGACAGACGACGGCGGCCGCAGACGGGAGGUACGGAGGAGCGGCGAUCGUUAGACUUUUACUCCGUCACCCACCGUUACAUCGCGAUUCGCGACGUGGUGCAAUCCGCGUUCGCCUACCCUAUAACGCGGAGGAGAAACUCCGAUUCUCUGACACGGAUAAGGAAGACAUCCGCUCGAGUACGCCCCAUCGUCAACAGGCGGGAGAGCUGCACGCGGGUCUAGCGCAUAUCUUAUCAACGGUCAGGUCGAGGACAUCUUGUUCCGGUUCGGUUAUCGGAUGUUGUGCACGCAUUUGGCGGCUACGGAAACGACAGCGGUAGUAUCAUCUGUGCCGGAGACAGCGGUCGGGAACUCGAGCGAUCUGGCAGGUGAGAGGGCAUAUUGCAUGAGCAGGGGUGACUGUCGGUGAUGGACAAUGAGCAACCGCACCAGGAACUGGUCAAGUGCGUGGUCGUGGGUGACACGGCAGUCGGAAAGACCAGACUGAUCUGCGCCAGGGCCUGCAACAAGCACGUGUCACUGUCACAGCUUCUGACCACUCACGUGCCCACGGUCUGGGCUAUCGACCAAUAUCGGAUUUACAAGGAUGUGUUGGAGCGAUCUUGGGAGAUAGUAGACAAUGUAAACGUGUCGCUACGUCUCUGGGACACAUUUGGCGAUCACGAGAAGGAUCGACGUUUCGCAUACGGCAGGUCUGACGUCGUGUUACUAUGUUUCUCCAUAACCAACCCCGUUUCCUUGCGAAACUGCAAGGUGAUGUGGUAUCCCGAGAUAAGAAGGUUCUGCCCGCAGACACCGGUCCUAUUGGUCGGAUGCAAAAACGAUUUGCGGUAUAUGUAUCGGGACGAAACUUAUCUCAGUUACUUCCGCGACCGCAGCCCCUUUGUAAGGGCUACGAGGAAGAGCGAUCUGGUGAUGCCGGAUCAGGCGCGGGCGGUGGCGCGAGAACUCGGCGUGUGCUAUUACGAGACGAGCGUUUUCACUUAUUACGGCGUGAACGAGGUGUUCGAGAAUUCGAUACGCGCCGCCCUGAUCGCACGUCGUCAGCAGCGCUUCUGGAUGACGAACCUGAAAAGGGUGCAAAGACCUUUGUUACAGGCGCCGUUCUGUCCACCAAAACCAGUACCGCCGAAGGUAUGCCUGGCUGCGAGUACCUAUGAGGAGAACAUGAAGAGCCUGUGGACGAGGCCGGUUCACACGGACGUCACCCUGAUCGCGAGUAACUGCACGUUCUCGGUUCAUCGGUGCCUUCUCGCCGCCGCCUCGCCGGCAUUUCAUCGGCUCUUCUCGAUGGAACUCGCCCAGGAAUUGACGCCGCGCAGCUCCAGCGAGUCCAGCAUGGUGAGCACUUUCGGCGAGGCCACCGUCGGUGACUUCAACGACGAUACCGAGUGCCUAAUUCGUAUCGAUCAAAGCAAAUCCGCAAAGGUCUGGGAGCAACUUAAGCGACGGUCGAGUUUUCAAGUACUGCCGACGAUGGAUAAUCAGAGGAAGAGUAACGGCGCGACGAUGAGGGAGCUGAAUCAUCCUGCCUUCCAAAAUAUUCGUAUAUGUCUGACUGAGAAUGCGAACGGAGUGCAGCAGCCCAUGACCGUGAUCACGCUGUCGAAGCUGAUCACGCCGCAGGCGAUGCAGCAGUGCUUGCAAUUCAUUUACACGGGCAGCUUGGACAAACGGUAUCACGAUCUGCAAACAGCUCCUAUCGGGCUUCUACUGGAGAUCAGACAGGCGGCCGAGUUUCUCGAACUGCCGCAAUUACUCAUGGUGCUCGGUAGUAUACAGACGCGGGAGCAGUUCGUCAAUAGCGAUCUCAAUAAUCGGUACAAGCACGUGGUUAGACAACGACUGGAAGAUAUCUGCCUGGAGCAAGGUCUCUUCGCCGACGUGAUGUUCGAAUUAGACGAUGGCAGCGUACCGGCCCACAAAGCGAUUCUCACUGCCCGAUGCGACGUGAUGAAAGCCAUGUUCUCUGGCGAUUUUCGCGAAAGCAGCGCAAAAGUCAUAGUCUUUCCUGGGGUUCGGGAGUACACAUUCCACAAGUUACUCUGCUAUCUUUACACGGACGAGGUACCGGCGAUCUCCUCGGCCAGAUGCCUGAACCUGUUGGAACUAGCCAACAGACUCUGCCUUCAACGAUUGGUCAACUUAGUCGAGAGCAGAGUGAUUGAGGAUCUUGAGCGGCUUUCGCAAAACGAGGGGAACGACGCUGUGGAAAACUGCCUGAGGCUGUUGGAGCCGUGCAAGCUACAUAAUGCCGAUCAGCUGGCCGACUGGUGCAUGAAUCAUCUCUGCGUUAACUAUAAUAAGCUGUGCAAAAUGUCACCUCGCAGCGUGCGGCUGCUUCAUCCGGAGAAUCAGGAGUAUUUGAAUGAGCACCGAUGGCCGCCGGUCUGGUACUUGAAGGACUACGAUUACUAUCAGAAGUGUUUAGCGGAGCAGGUACGCGAGAACAAGCCGACGUUGAAGCGGAAUCGCAAUCAAUCCGGCUGCCUGUGCUUCUCGAGCUCGAGCAAAACCAGGCGGGAGGGUAACACCGGCGGGAACGGCGGCGGCACAAAGUCAACGACGUCGAGCGAAACGCCGGCGGAUCGGCCGCUCUUCGACUCCUCGACCGAGUCCGGCGAGCAAGCCGUAUGACAGGAACUAAGCGGCCUCAGCCGCUCCGUCAGAUUCAUCCUGGUCCUACCUGUGCUCAUGGUCUUCAUAUGCACUAUUUUUACCAUUUUGCUACUGCUACAGAUUUAUACUUAAGCGGACUGCAAGACACCAAAGAGAGUACGCGUAAACGCACGAAAAACACCUAAAUAUAUAUAUGUAUAUAUACAUAUAUAUAUAUACACACACAUAAUACACGUAUACAUAUAUAAUA